GUUGUGCGUGAAGCUGCAUGGAGAGCGACUUGCAUUAAUUCACAUUAAUUUCAAAAAAUAAGAAUAGAGUAAUUUCCCUUUUUAUUAUUAAUUUUAUGAAUUUAAUUUAUUUGGAAAACUAUUUUAUUAUCACUGCUUACUGGGCUGACAGUUUGCCGUUAAAUCUGCCGCUCAACUUGUUCACUCUCCCUCCUCUUUCCUUCACUACACAAGUUCUAAGUUUAGGGGAUCUCGAGGGACAAAGACAACAUUGUCAUUCAGGGUUUCCCUUUUUUUGUCUCUCCAAUCAAGGAGGAGAGAAAAAGAACGGAACUUGUUUGUGUGUUCUCUGAGUUUUGUUUUUUGUUUUUUUUUUUUUUUCUGGUAAUGUAGCUUGGUUUGUGUUUUUUACUAUAAAAUAUACAAAGAGUAAUGAGGAUGAGAUGCUUUUCUUGCAUAAAACCAAAUCGAAACGAUAUUAAGAUCGACACUGAACACGCCCCUCGAUCUAGUUCUCGAUGUUCUUAUGGGUCCUCAGGUACCCAGAACGCAAGGUUUAAUGUAAAUGAACAUGGGAAGAAUCAGAGUCCUGAGGACGGGGCUCGUAGUUUUACAUUUCGUGAGCUUGCAGCAGCAACAAGAAAUUUUAGAGAGGUUAAUUUGAUUGGUGAAGGAGGUUUCGGCAGGGUUUAUAAAGGCCGGUUAGAAACAGGGGAGCUUGUCGCGGUGAAACAACUUAAUCAGGAUGGUCUUCAGGGGGAUCAGGAAUUUAUCGUGGAGGUUCUUAUGUUGAGUCUGUUACACCAUUCCAAUCUUGUUACCUUGACUGGCUACUGUACUUCUGGUGAUCAGAGACUAUUGGUUUAUGAAUACAUGCCGAUGGGUAGUUUGGAAGAUCAUCUUUUCGAUCUAGAACCUGGUAAAGAGCCAUUAAGUUGGAGCACUCGGAUAAAGAUCGCUGUAGGUGCUGCCCGGGGUCUCGAGUACCUACACUGUAAAGCAGACCCACCUGUUAUUUACCGUGACCUGAAAUCUGCGAACAUCUUGCUGGACAAUGAUUUCCAACCAAAACUAUCAGAUUUUGGAAUUGCAAAAUUGGGACCUGUUGGUGAAAAUACACAUGUUUCAACCAGAGUUAUGGGGACAUAUGGAUAUUGCGCUCCAGAGUAUGCCAUGAGUGGCAAGUUGACUCUGAAGUCUGAUAUUUAUAGUUUUGGUGUUGUUUUGUUGGAGUUGAUCACUGGGAGAAAGGCCAUAGAUCGUUCUAAGAAGCCAGGAGAGCAAAACUUAGCUGCCUGGUCUCAGCCGUUCUUGAAGGACCAGAAGAAAUAUUGCCAAUUGGCUGAUCCUCUGUUGGAAGGGUGUUAUCCUCGUCGUUGUUUCAACUAUGCAAUUGCUAUAACUGCAAUGUGCCUUAAUGAGCAAGCCAGUUUUCGCCCUCUUAUUGGUGAUAUACUGGGUGCCUUGGAAUAUUUGGCUGCACAGUGCCAUGUCUCAGAACCCAAUACUGGUCGGGUACGAGGUACCAAUCCAUCGUCACCAUAUUCUGACAGGAAGGUCGUUUCUCAAGAGCGAGAUUCUAGGAGUAGAGCUUCUAUUUGAAUGAUGUGGAGCAAAAGUUAUUGAAACCCCUUGAUCUCUGUACUGUGUCUUGCCAAGCUUAGAGGGGAUGGCUGUUGUGUUUCAUACCAUGUAAAAGCGCAUCGAUACAGUGGGUAAAUAUGUUUAUUGACAUAUAUGUAUAGACAGACUGUUGGGGUUUGGAGUAAAUGAUUUUUUGGUUACGAAAAUCAGGAUAAACACAUGUUUCUUCUAAGCCUGCUGAAGUUUGUACUUGCAUUGAAGUGAGAAUUCUUUGCAAAUGGCAUUAAGCAGCAGGCUUUUAGAAUUGUGUUUAGCACUGUUUGAGAGGGAUUGGAUUUUUGUUAGAUACGUCUAUGCUAUGAUUUUCCAUGCUUGUUUCUCCUCCUUUUCAGAUCAUUCAACAUGAAAUAGAGAAUCAAUAAAGGAAGUAUGUACCAUGGAGCAUAAUUGUUGAA